AGGGUAUUAGUAAACUGUAAGAAACGGUGCGUUUUAGUGAGGAGUUGAUUGAAUAAAGGUAAAGAAACGCUUUUGGACCAGAAAGUCAGCUUACAAGCCGCGACGCAAUCGCGAAUCAACUCCGGAUUUUGUAAUCCGCCAUUCGUACGCGGCGGUGUAAAGGAAAAGAGAGGUGAGGAGAGGAGGAUGUUGGAAAACCCUACACCCACCGCAGCUGAUGCCGCUCCUGCCAUCAAACGCUAUGCUCCUCCCAAUCAACGAAAUCGUUCUCUCGGACGCCGUAAAUCUGGAGAGAAGAAUCAAGGUGCCACAUCGAGAAACAUUAAUCCAGUCGGGGAUGCUGGGAGCAGCGCUAUGCUGAAUGAAGACAACCCUCGUCAUGCUUUGAUACCUUUAGAAGGCUGUUCUAGAAGUGAUGCCUCUCGGCUUUUAAGCAAUCGUUGGGCAGCUGUCUUACAUCGCUACCAUGAUACAUCCAUUGACUUGUCUGAAAGACCAGUUCUGUACUCUGGAAUUAGUGAUUCAGCCUGGAGGAAUUUCAGACUUCCCCAUCAGAUGAUGUCCCCAGCAAACAAUACCGGGCCUUCAUCUGGCUCACAGAUGGAUUUCUUAGCUGAGCUUCGUCGUGCAAUUCGAAAUGCCAAUACCGACAACUAACUACUGACAAAGUGUGAUAAUGGCAGAUGUGGACUUAUGAAGAACUUCAUGAACUUUGCACUCAAAGUACCUGUUGUAUGUGUUCAUUAGCUACUCAAAUCAAAUGCUACUUAUUUGGGCGAUCGUGUUAUUCAGUGUAAAGCAUGGUCCAGGCAUUUGUUUAUGUCCUGGUCCUUGGACAUGUAAUUUAGAUGAAAACGUUAUGAAAUCUGUCAGCUAUACAAUGUUAUAUUAUUACUCUGGAACUCUAAGGUGGUGUUUUUAUUCUCUUUCCUUUUAUGAGACAGUAGUAGGGGAGGGGUAUUUUGUUGCCGGACCUGUAUGGAUUUUGAUGAAUGCAAAUCUCUCUCUAGUAAA